CUGCAUAAUUGUUCAUUUCCCACCCACGCAAGGAGCCAAGCUGCUACCUGCAAUUUACCGGCUUGUCUCCGUUUGAUUAUCAAACAUCAGGCUUCCUUCUCAAUCAUGAGAGCUCUCGUGCUCUCCGAAUGACGAUGAGUCCCAUGUCGCCCCUUUACUCGUAGAGCGAUAUCUGCUAUGGCACUCUAGAUAUUCGUGUAGAUUCUCGCUUGUAUUCACCUCCAACCAUAUCAAAAUUUGGAUUCUUAUUAGUUCGUGGCAACAGGUUUGCGGUUUUCUGUGAGAUUUGGGUUUUGAAAAAGAUGGGGCUGAAAUUCUUUGAUUCCGUUUCUGUGUCUACUUCUGAGAUUGCUCAUUUAGGAACAACUGACUCUGUCCUGCUCUCCAAACUCGGGCGUCAAGCUACUCUCCCAUCCUCUAUUCACUUCAACUGUCGCAGAGGGUUGGUUCCAAGGGCUCAGUGGUCGGGCACUUCAGAUCACAAGUAUUUGGCAGAUAAUGUUGCAGCAAAAACCAGUUCCCAUAAUAUAAAUGGGACAAAUUUAAAUGGAACACAUUUAAAUGGAGCAGCUUUCAACCUGUAUUUCAGAAAUACAGGAGUACUUGAUGCUUUGGAUGACCAGUAUGGGGGAGUUGUCGUUAAUUCAGAUGGGUUGCCAGACAACCCGUCUGCCUUUGCAUAUAUUUUGCGUCUCUCUCUUUCUCAUUGGAAAAGGAUGGGAAAGAAGGGGAUUUGGCUUAAGUUGCCCUUAGAAAAAUCUGACCUUGUUCCCAUCGCUGUGAAGGAAGGCUUUCAAUACCACCAUGCGGAGCCUGGACAUCUGAUGUUAACAUACUGGAUUCCUGAAGGACCUUGCAUGCUUCCUGCUAAUGCAUCCCACCAAGUAGGAGUUGGGGGAUUUGUCAUCAAUGACAACAAUGAGGUACUUGUAGUUCAAGAGAAACACUGUUCUCCUGCAACUUUAGGUCUUUGGAAGAUUCCAACUGGAUUUAUUCUUGAGGCGGAGGAGAUAUAUACUGGAGCUGUAAGAGAAGUGAAGGAAGAAACGGGGAUUGAUACUGAGUUCAUUGAAGUGAUAGCAUUCAGACACGCUCACAAUGUGGCAUUCCAGAAAUCAGAUUUGUUCUUCAUCUGCAUGCUAAGACCCCUCUCAAGUAACAUCAUUAUUGAUGGUGUUGAAAUUGAAGCUGCUAAGUGGAUGCCGCUUGUGGAGUUUGUGGAACAGCCACAGAUCCAGGAGGAUUCAAUGUUCAAGAAGAUCAUAGACAUAUGCAUUGCUCGCAUGGGAAAGCGUUACUGUGGACUAUCACCUCAUCACAUGAUUUCUAGGUUUGAUGGCAAGUCAUCUUCCUUGUAUUACAAUGUCACGGACACCCACCCAGAUGUGAAUUGUAUAGCCAACUAAACCUCUCUCUUCCUCUCUUUCUCUCUCCUUAUAUAUACACACACACACACCCACAAGUAUAAAUAUAUUAGCAACGAGUCUGGCCUCAUACCACUCUUCCUUUUUUAACAUGAAAUCACAAUCACAGUCUCAGUGACCCCCCUCGUUUUCCCCUUCUUUAAAGCUCUUCUCGUCGUCCCAGGGUUUGAUUCUAGUCAAAUGAAUUACCUGACACGUUCGUUGUACUGUACAUAUUUAAUAAUAAUAAUGAAAAGAACCCUGUUCCUUUUUCAAUUACAUCAUCUGGCGUACUCCAUAAGCUGAAAUCAACUUGAUAAGGUGAGAAUGAUGGGAGAUAUUCUGACGCUUCUGAAGCAGCAUCUUAAGGAAUAUUUGAGAGCAGAAAAACAAGAGGACAACAGAGACUUCGUGGUGGAACUGAAACAACAGUAUUUGACGCGUAACUCCCACGGCCAUAUAAUAUAAUGUUAUAUGAGAAUCUCAAACCAAGUAGCGUUGUCGAUAGGGUCGAAUCGAAAUGAAGGAUCUUUCGGCAUAUGUAUGAGCACAGGGAAGACAACGCCACGUGAGAUAAAGAGACCUGCUUCCACGCAAAGCUGUCAUUGCGGGUUUUGAUUAUGCACUAUCAAUUUCGCCGCCCAGAUUGUGACCCGACUUAACUCUAUCUUGUUUCUUCUGUUACAACUUGGAUUUGAUUUCACCCAAUUAAGUUUCAUCUU